ACAUGAAGGGUCUCCUUCUUCUUGGGCUUCUUCUCCUUUCUGCCACAGUUCAGGGCAAGAUUUAUGGAAGGUGUGAGUUGGCCAGAACUCUAAAGGAACUUGGAAUGGAUGGCUACCGGGGUAUCAGCCUGGCAGACUGGGUGUGUAUUGCCAAAUGGGAGAGCGGUUAUAACACAGAAGCCACAAACUACAAUCCUGGAGACAAAAGCACUGAUUAUGGGAUAUUUCAGAUCAAUAGCCGCUACUGGUGUAAUAAUGGUGAAACCCCAGGAGCAGUUGAUGCCUGUGACAUAUCCUGCAGUGCUUUGUUGCAAAGUAACAUCACUGAUGCUGUAAAGUGUGCAAAGAGGGUUGUCAGAGAUCCACAAGGAAUUAGAGCAUGGGUGGCAUGGAGAACUCACUGUGAAAACCAUGAUCUCUCUGAGUAUGUUGAGGGCUGUGGAGUGUAACUGCAGAAUUUUCCUUCUUCAGCUCGUUCUGUCUCUUUUUCACAUUAUGGGAGUAGUAGUUCAGUGAAAGGUCACACUGCCAUUGUGUCCCCUUCAAGGAAAUAGUAUUUUUAUAGAAGCAGGAGCGA